GGCGAAACAAAAACAAGCCAUUUCAUCAGAUAUUCAGAUCCCAGCCAGGUACAUCACGCACCCACGACCACGACCACGACCAGGCACGCACGGGCACGGCAGAAGCGAUGGGCGUCGUCUCGGCGGUGGCGGACGCGGUGGUCGUCCUCUUCUCCCUCACCAUCGCGGUGGGGGUCCCGCUCAUCGACGCGCAGGCCGUCCUCUCGCACGACGCCUACCCGGCGCAGCUGCGGGACCUCAAGCGCUGGUACGCCGCCGAGUUCGACGACUACCUCAUGGCCCAGCCGCCGGCCUUCUUCCGCGGCCUCUUGUGCCUCGAGCUCGCCUUCCUCUGGCCGCUCUCCGUCGCCACCGUCUACGGCGUCCUCGCCCGCCGCCGAUGGGCCGCCACCACCUCCCUCAUGGUCGGCGUCACCACCCUCACCUCCCUGUCGGCAAUAUUUGGUGAGAUGCUGGGCUCAGGGAAGGCAACCACGAAGCUGCUUCAGAUGUAUGUUCCAUACGCCGUGUUUGCUGUCAUUGCCAUUCUGCGCGGUCUCUGCUCAUGCUCGGCGCCGCCGUCGCCGGCAUCUUCUGCUCGGAAGAAGAGGGUCUAGAUUUGAUUUGCAUUUCUGACAUUUCGUGGAGAAAGUAUUCAAUUUUGUUCAACGGUUGUACUGCCCAAUCUAUCAUUCAACACCCAAUGGAAUGUAAUGUCCAUACUGCAAAGUUAUUGUCCACAUUUUGAAAAAGAUUCUACUGCAUCUGUUCUAUGAUAAAAGCAUGUUCAACGAA